GGCUGCUUACGCGUCAGCUGUUGAGUCAUGUAGAUCCUGCACUUUGCAGAGCAGAGCUGAAAAGACACCAACGUAUGGCAAAACUUAUCUGAUGCUGUCAUGCUGAUGCGGCAUACGAUAAAAUUAAACUCUCAGAGCCAAAUCGACAAACUGUACAGCUGGACCUAACGUCAUCGUCGUCAUCUAUAUACACUGAUACAGAGCUCAGAGCUUACUCCCCAACAAUAAUACUCUACUCUAAAUUCAAUUUAAUCGACUAAUCCAAUCAUUUUUGAGCUCUCGUACGGAAACCAAAAACGAAGAUGAUCGCUCGGCGGGCCUGGCACAAGCGGGCUUUGGUCUCCGGUCGCCGGUGGCUGUGUCCGUACACCUCUUCAGCUCCGUCGCCGGCGACGGUGCACUCGGGCCGCAGCCCUCCGUUUCGAGCGUUGACUUCCGAGCUUGUUGCAUUCUCCACCGUCGCUUCCACUCCAUUUCGCUUAGCUGAUCCGAUAUCCAAUUGUAGCGUUGCGUAUAAUGUGAAGAGCAGCUGGUUUUCAAGUCAACCAAUGGCUGAUGUUACAGCAGCUGGUAAUGGCAUAGUUGAUGUACCAUUGGCUCAAACUGGUGAAGGCAUUGCUGAGUGUGAGCUCCUCAAAUGGUUUGUGCAAGAGGGGGAUCAAGUUGAAGAAUUUCAGCCACUUUGUGAAGUUCAAAGUGACAAAGCAACCAUUGAAAUAACAAGCCGGUAUCAAGGAAAGGUUAAUCAGCUUCUCUACGUUCCCGGUGACAUCGUUAAGGUUGGAGAAAUUCUUUUAAAGAUGGCCGUCGAGGAAUCUCAGGUUCCAAAGCAGAUUUCGGAGAAUUUUGAAAACACCAAGUCUCUAGAUUCUGAGCUGAACACUCAGAACAUAGGUGGAGUUUUAUCUACACCUCCUGUUCGGAAUCUUGCAAAGCAAUAUGAUAUAGAUAUAAAUGAAGUUGAUGGAACUGGUAAAGAUGGGAGAGUAUUGAAAGGAGAUGUCCUUAAAUAUGCUGCCCAGAAAGGAAUCAUUCAAGACCCAUCUGCCUCUUUGAGUGCUAGUUCUGAUAAAGUUUUGGGAGACGAAAAGAGUUACUCACAUCCAUCAGCUGAAUCCGGAUGUAAUUAUGAUGAUAAGACAGUUACCCUGAGGGGAUUCCAACGAAGAAUGGUUAAAUCGAUGAGUAUGGCAGCAAAAGUUCCACAUUUUCAUUAUGUUGAGGAGAUAAAAUGUGAUGCACUUGUAGAGCUGAAACAGUCUUUCCAAAGUAAUAACUCUGAUUCAAAUGUCAAGCACACGUUCCUUCCAUUAUUGAUAAAGACACUUUCAAUGGCCAUGGGCAAAUAUCCGUUAAUGAAUAGUUGCUUCAAUGAAGAGUCACUUGAGGUCAUCCUCAAAGGUUCCCACAAUAUCGGAAUUGCCAUGGCUACUCCAUAUGGUCUAGUUGUGCCAAUCAUAAAGAAUGUCCAGUCUCUUUCUAUUUUGGAGAUAACAAAGGAACUUUCACGGUUACAACAACUGGCAUUGGAAAACAAGCUUAGGCCUGAAGAUAUAUCUGGAGGAACAAUAACUUUAAGUAAUAUUGGAGCAAUUGGUGGGAAAUACGGUUCGCCUCUGCUCAACUUGCCUGAGGUUGCCAUAAUUGCACUUGGGCGGAUUCAGAAGGUUCCACAAUUUGCAGAUGACGGAAAUGUAUAUCCUGUGUCAAUUAUGACGGUCAAUAUAGGGGCUGAUCAUAGAGUGCUGGAUGGAGCAACUGUUGCGAGGUUUUGCAACGAGUGGAAACAAUUUAUACAGAAUCCAGAGCUGGUCAUGUUGCAUAUGAGAUAGAUGGCUGGUCAUGUUGCUUGAAAUAUGCACUUCUCAACUUGCUAAAUAUUCGUUACUUAGCAGCUGGAGUUGCACCCAACAUGUUACUACUAUGCAUGGAUAAUUUUCAAGCUGUUUACAAGCAAGAUUCCCGGCUCAAGAGAAGUUAGGCAAAAAUCGAAAAGUAGGCCUUUUUACAGCGGUUCAAGCUUGGAACUGAUAAUCUCAAAUGAUACACAUGUAGACCUACUUUUUUCUAUUAAUAAAUUUGAUGAAGUAAUUUAAAAAAUAAAUGAUGUUUUACU